CAUCCUGACUGAGAGGAAAGCCCGCACAGGGACGGAUGAAUCAGUGAACCUGCUGUUGCUGCCACUUGUUUUUCUGCUGUUUCAUCUCUUUGUUGUCGAGUCCUGCCCUGYCACUGACUGUGUGCAGCGGGAUCAAGGGUUCCUGAGAACAGAUUCACCAUGGGGAUCAAAGCUGCUCUCCCCAGAUAUGAGCUCUAUCUCUACUCUGCCGUGCUCGCUGGUGCACUGAUAUGGGCAGGCAGUUGGAUAUUCGAGGCCUCGAGUGAGAACGUGAGCAGAAAGACAUUCAAAGAAAGUGUGAAACCAGGAUGGCAUUAUUUUGGCAGGAAAAUGGAUGUUGCAGACUUCGAGUGGGUGAUGUGGUUCUCUACUUUCCGCAAUCACAUCCUUUUUGCUCUAGUUGGUCAUGUGAUCUUUGCCAAGAUAUUUACCGUGGUAGCACCAAAGCACAGAUCCCUGAUCUUUGCAGUAUAUGGUGGUUUGGCAGUUCUGAUCACGAUGGGCUGGACCUUCAUGGCUGUGGUUCUGUCUCACUGCAUCAUCCUCUACAGCGUCGCUCUGGUCAAGAAGAGGUGGAUGUGCUUCGCUGCAGGCCUGAGCACGCUGGCCUCCAUCAAGCUGGAGCCCUACAACUCCUGGCAGGAGAACUUGGUGACGGGUUCUUUCGACCUACAAGACAUCCUGUUCUAUGGAGGCUGUGGCUUCAGCAUCAUGCGCUGUAUGAGUUUUGCUUUAGAGAACUGUGACAGGAAGGAAGGCAACUACACCUUCUCUGACCUCCUGAGAUACAACUUCUACCUCCCGUUCUUCUUCUUUGGACCUAUUAUGACUUUUGAUCGCUUUCAUGUGCAGGCAAACAACACCCAGUUAACACGCAAGGAAAGAGAGAUGUGGAACAUCACCACCAAGGCCUUGUUGCACCUGGGAGUUAUCCUUGUGGUGGACGUCUUCUUCCACUAUCUGUACAUCCUAACUAUACCCAGCGACAUGAAACUGGUCACCAAGCUUUCUGACUGGUGUUUGGCUGGACUGGCCUAUUCCAACCUGGUGUAUGAUUGGAUAAAAGCAGCUGUAAUGUUCGGCGUAAUUAACACUGUGGCUACACUGGAUCAUUUGGAUCCCCCUCAGCCUCCCAAAUGUAUCACCAUGCUCUAUGUCUURGCUGAGACGCACUUUGACAGAGGCAUCAAUGAUUGGCUUUGCAGAUAUGUUUAUGACUAUAUUGGCGAGGACCAUGACAAAAUCUUUAAAGAACUCCUUGCAACCAUAUGCACUUUUGCUAUCACCACCUUGUGGCUGGGUCCAUGUGAACUGGUUUACAUCUGGUCCUUUUUCAACUGCUUUGGCCUCAACUUUGAGCUGUGGGUGGCAAAGUUCUUCUCCCUUCCACCCUUUUCAAUCAUGGAGGGAGCGAUGGGUGAAGCCAUGUCUCGUAGGAUCAGGGGUGUGUUCAAUGCUGCCAACUUCUGGGCCAUCGUCCUCUACAAUGUUCUCUCCCUAAACAGUUUGGAGUUUGCCAAAAUGGUUGGUAGAAGGCUGAUCUUCAAAGGUUUCCCUCUGUCCACCCUGUCGGUGCUGCUGGUGACCUACUGCGGUGUGCAGCUGGUGAAGGAGCGAGAGCGACAACAAGCCCUGCUUGAUGAGCCAGAGCCAGUAAAACCAGUGGAUGCAGGCAAAGAAAAAGCUGAAUAAUCAGGCAGAAAACAAUCAAAAUAAAAAAUAAACAACCCAGAGGUAUUUGGACUUGAUGACAGCCUUUACAUGGUUUGGUUUUCAAUCUUGCCAGCUGUAACAGAACCAGACUGUAACAACCACCUGUGUUCCUCACAUGGAGGUGUUUUUGCUUGGCAUGAACGAUCGUCGAUGUUUUGAACUGAAAAGUAACCACAAGUGCACUUGCUGCAGAUAAUCAUCACAUCUUUUGGCACAAAUUCACCAACAAUGCAUUUUGUAUUUGCAUUUAAGCAGAUUGCAAGCCUUAAAAUAAGAUAUUCAGUAAAAACCCACAUUUAUUACUGUAAAUGAACAGCUACUUUGUUACGUGUGGCCAUAAUAAUCUUGUUCAUUUUUGUUUCUUCUCAAACGUGAACAUUCUUGCCUUUUAUAACCAACACCAUUGAUUGAUUUUGAUUGGAUGGUGUCUUUAUUUUUUCAUUAGAUGCUUUACAGUCUGCUGAAAGGAGUAAAACUUGAUAAAGCUCCAUAAACGGAGGUGCAAUAAGGAAAACAAAGUAAAGGUGCUGUGGAGAUCUUCCACAAAGCUUGCAGCUGAUUGUUUUAUAUAGUCCAUUGUAUUUAAAACUGACAAAUUAUUAGAUAUACUUUAUGUUGAAUGUAGUUGAGUUACUGAUGGGUGUCCAAAGAGCGACUGCCUUAUUUUCCACAGCAGAUCACUGAGGCAUGCCAGCGUAUCUUUUCUUUUACUCUCUCAUGCUUCAGGCCCUCACUGUGCUUUGAAAAGCAACAGGUCCGAUASGGAACACGGGUCAGUCAAAUCCUGCCACCAGAACCUGCUGCAUGACUUCAAUGCAGCAGAUGAUAAAGAAAACAUUAGAAAUAUCACAAUGCCUUUUCACAGUCCAGUGUUUUCAUUCAAAUGUUUGCACUGUAAAAUGUUUGCCUUGAAAUAAAGUUUUAUUUCAUCCAGUA